AUGCCUGCUGCCCACAGUCGCUGCGAAGCGGACGCGCAAGACUUGAUCGAGCUUGUCAAGUCUCUCGCGAUUUCCAACGACAAAGACGGGGCAACUAGUAGUGUUGAUGGCUUCGAAGCGCAAAUCCUCACCGCGGUUCAAGCCCUCGUGUCAGUCAUCAACCCAACAGACCGGCUGUAUGCGGCAUUUCACGACGGCAAAACUCAUUACCCAUUGGGCGGUGGCUCAUACGCGUUCCAGAAGGAUCUGGUCGGUCCUCUCCUGCGGGCACUUGCCCGAGACGAAGAGGCCAUGAAGCUCAGCGAAGCCUCCUCGUCAAGCGACACGCCUUCUCUCGAGAUGCCCGUUCCCACUUGUCCAAUAGUCAUACACGCAGGUGCGCAGCCUAACAACUCGCCGCAUCUGGGCACCUUGAUCGUCUUCUGCUACGCAUUCUUGAUUGCCAGGGCGGUACGUGAUCGGCUCGACGCUGUUGCCCAGAGCAAAUCGUCGCAGAAUGUCGUCGUUGAAAUUACCCUUGUUGACACGGCGCCUGUCAUCACGAGUGUGUCGGAAGUAGCCGGAAUUACCUAUCAGCGAUCGUACAGAGAGGUUGCUGGCGCCUUGUCUACGUACAUGGGUGACUAUCAAGACGCUCUUCGCAGGAUGUCGCAGUGGUCAAGCGUCCCUUUUCGGACGCGGUACCAGUCGGACUUAUUCUCGCGUCCCGCAGUGCCGGGCAUCUUGGCGUGGAUGAUUGAGCAUCGCGGUCGACUUGCAUCGCAACUUUCGCCAAAAUAUAAUGCGCUCGCCCUUCGUGCUGCGUGUCCCGUCUUAGGCUGCGGCUUAGCCGAGAAGCACGGCCGAUUGAACGAAUACACGGCCGAAAGCAUCGCGUUUCACUGCCCACACCAUGGAAAACAUGUCAUCCGUCUCAGCGAGGCCUCUGAGGUCGCUCGCGUGGAGGCAAAUGCGCCGACACGAAACCUGAUUCGCUCCAUGAGCCACAUACUCGACGAUGCAACACACCACGUCCGCAUCACCGGAUCGGACUACGCAGGCACCUACCAGGAAUUCUUCCUGUACCGCCCUCUCGCGGAGUGGUCGCGCUCGACCAGGCUCGGUUCAGGCCGUACGCCGCACAUCCUCUAUGCACCACUCGUGGUCGACUGGAGUGGCGCGAAGCUUUCGAAAAGCCUGUACGUCCGUGACGGCGGCUAUCGGGCGAUGAAGGUGCUCGGCAUGGAUGGAAUGUGCAGCUAUGCCAAGCUCCAAGCCGAACAUGGCGAAGAGGGCCUGCGUCGCAUCUGGGCCGAGGUGGAGAGUUGGGUUUCAAACCCGCACAAGUUAUUCCGGGCCUCGUACUCUGUCGAGUAUUUUAGAUGCAUUUUAGAGGGAAAUGCCUGGCAUUGA